AUGGAUCAGGUAUCCGAUGACGAGUUGGACCAUGGCGCCGAGGAGGACAGUGAUAAGGAGGACCAAGACCUGGACAAGAUGUUUGGAGCCUGGCUUGGGGAGUUGGACAAGAUCACACAGAGUAUGGAUGACGACAGGCCUCAGAAGGCGCUGCAUAAGCCUCCUCUCAGACAGGAGACCAACAUUGCCAACUUCUCCUACCGCUUCUCAAUGUAUAACCUCAACGAGGCGCUGAACCAAGGCGACACAGUCGACUUGGACGCUCUGAUGGCUGACCUGUGUACCAUUGAGCAGGAGCUGAGCACCAUUUCCAAGCCAAAUUCUCGCAGUCAGAGCAAGCGCGCCGCGGGGGGACGGGGCGCUAGCACCAAGCACCCGGGCGCCGGCGGAGGGGGAAGCAGUGGAGGAAGCGCCAAUAGCAGCACUCGGGCGUCCCCAGCCAACACUGUGCGAGGCGGUAGUGUCAACACGCGCCCCGUGGCCUCCAACAUUUCUCUGGAUGACAUCACCUCUCAGCUGGAGAAGGCGUCACUCAGCAUGGACGAAGCCGCGCGUCAGACCUCGUCGUCAGCCGCCACGUUGCGACGUCCUACCUCCGCUUCGUCCGGGGGCGGGCGGCACCACCGGCGGACAGGCUCCACGGGCGGCGUGAGCGAACAGGAAGCUCCGUCCCAGCGCUCCAGCGUCAACUCGGCGUCGGCGUCCAGUAUGGAUUCUCUGGACAUUGAGAAAGGGACGACGGGAAGCGAUGGAGACGGAAGGAUCAGCCCGACAGUUCAAAGACAAAACCAGACCAGCACGGAGCACUCCUAUCUGGACCAAGAAACCUCGCUCAUUUUGAAAAGCAUAGCAGGAAAGCCUUCUCACCUCCUGACCAAGGAGGAGCAUGCCGCCAAGCUGAAGGCGGAGAAGAUUCGAGUGGCCUUGGAAAAAAUCAAAGAGGCGCAGGUGAAAAAGCUGGUGAUUAGGGUGCACAUGUCGGACGAAAGUUCCAAGACCAUGAUGGUGGACGAGAGGCAAACGGUCAGGCAGGUGCUGGACAGCCUCCUGGACAAGUCACACUGUGGUUACAGCCCAGAUUGGUCGCUGGUUGAAACCAUUACUGAGCUGCAAAUGGAACGUAUUUUUGAGGAUCACGAGAACCUUGUGGAGAAUCUGUUGAACUGGACGCGGGACAGUCACAACAAGCUCAUGUUCAUUGAGCGCAUCGAGAAAUACGCUCUCUUCAAGAAUCCUCAGAACUAUUUGUUGGGGCGUAAGGAGACUUCAGAAAUGGCCGACAGGAACAAAGAGGCUUUAUUAGAGGAGUGCUUCUGCGGAGGCUCUGUGUCAGUGCCUGAGAUUGAAGGGGUGCUUUGGCUAAAGGAUGACGGCAAGAAGUCAUGGAAGAAGCGCUACUUCCUCCUCAGGGCUUCUGGAAUUUACUACGUCCCUAAAGGCAAAGCCAAGGCAUCUAGGGACCUCGUGUGCUUCCUCCAACUGGACCAUGUUAACGUUUACUAUGGUCAAGACUAUCGUAGCAAAUACAAAGCUCCGACCGACUACUGCCUGGCUUUGAAGCAUCCACAGAUCCAGAAGAAGUCUCAAUAUAUUAAGUAUCUAUGCUGUGAUGAUGUCAGGACCUUGCACCAGUGGGUUAAUGGAAUUCGAAUUGCAAAGUAUGGGAAGCAGCUCUAUGGAAACUACCAGGAGGCCAUGAAGAGAACAGAGGCAGCCUAUGAUUGGUCCUCUCUAUCUACCUCCAGCAUUCGAUCAGGAUCCAGUUCUGCAAGCAUACACGAAUCGCAGUCUAAUCAUUCAGGCCAUUCUGACAGCGGCGUGGACACGGGUUCUCACGGUCGCUCCCAGAGUGUUGUGAGCUCCAUUUUCUCUGAGGCCUGGAAGAGAGGCACGCAAUUAGAAGAAAACACCAAGAUGCGAAUGGAGGCUUCCAGAGGAGCCACUUUACCACACGCUUCCCACGGUCACCGCCAUCAUAGUCAGCAUUCAGUGGACCAUGCGGCUCUGACAACGCCGCCUCCGCAACAGCCUCAACCGCAGGCAGUUGAGCAGCAGCCGCCUCCGAAGCCGCAGUCGCCUCAACAGGUCCCGCAGUCGCCUCAGCGCUUGCAGCAGACUCCGAAACAACAACUGCAACAACAAGAGCCACACACCACGACUAGCUACAGUCACGUGCCUGCCCAACAGACGCCUCCAAACAACUACAACCAAAUGCCUCCGCCACCGUCACUUCCACAGCAGCAGGCACAGUCCAACUACAACCCACCGCCGCACAACAGCGUUGUGCCCUCCCAACAGCCGCACCACGGUAACUACAACCACGUGACGCUCCCCCAGCAACAGCCAGCUCCUCCUGCACCUGCUCCACCUCCUCCACCGCCCCCACCACCUCCUCCACCACCACCACCCCCAGUUCAAACCAUGUCGCACUACUCUCCGGCUCUCAACAUGUACAAGUUUAGUACAAUAACCAGGCUGCAGAACCAGAACCAGGCCGGCAACCAACACAGGUUGCAUCCCCAGCACCCGCCCCCUUCGCAUACGCCACCCGCCGCAAAGGUGAUUAUUAAACCAAAUGUCAAUCACAUCGCAGCAAGGACUAAUGUCCCGCCUCCACCUCCGCCCCCUCCGCCGCCAUCCUUCCCGACCCCCGGUUCCGCCAUGGCUGCGUUAAAGUAUGGCCCUCCGAGUCCAAACACCCACGCGUGUUUCUUCCCGCCACCUCUUAAUCCUCAGACCAACGGAGUUUUAUUUCCGCCCCCUCCUCCGCCACCCCCUUUGGCACCGGGUCCUAUUAGCCAGUCGACGUAUCCGCUGGGGCUAAAGCACGCACUGAAAGAGCGGUUUCCCAGCCCACCGCGAGAUCUCCUGUCUGCAAACGUAGAAGUUGAAGACUCCCCACCUCCUGCUCCUACUCCGCCGCCACCGCCCCCACCGCCGCCACCUCCGCCCCCUCCGCCUCCUCCGCCACCGCAGCAGUUCCCAGUGCCAGCCCAGUUCCCGCCUCCUCCACCAGCGCCACACAAAUCCUACACCCCGGGCUUUCUUCCUCAUACCGCCCUCAAACCUGUCUCACCUGUCUCUCCCUUCCCACCCGCCCCACCUGUGGCCACUGUGGGAGGACUCCCACCGCCGCCACCCCCUCCUCCACCUGCACCCCUCAAGAAGCAGUUUAGUCUCCAGACAGGCUACACUUCCAACCAACCUCCACCAACUCUUCCCAAACAGCACAGUCUGUCCAAGCCCCCAUCGGGAACACACCAGUCUUUGGUGAAACAGCUCGCAAGUCAGUUUCCCGGAGCUUCGACUCAAGUAACCAAUCACACAGAGAGCUCCAAAGCUCCCCUCUCCCCGCCUGCAGUCAAGUCCAAACCAAAAUGGCAGCCUAUUGGCAGUCAGCAGCUCCAGUCUUCAGAGUUCCCACCACCUCCUGACAGUGUUCAAGUCAGCCAUACUGGUUUUCCUGCUCCACCGCCACCUCCUGCUUCUUGUCCAGCACCACCACCUCCUCCCCUUCCUACUGGGAAUAUGGGAUCACCCUUUUCCAACUCCAAUUUUGGAGAUAAAAAACCUCCGCCGACCCCCCAGAGGAACUCCAGCAUCAAGUCUAACUCUUCUGCAUCCUAUGAAGAAUCCAGGAGAAAUCUGCUCAGCAAGUUUGCCCCCACAAGCGACAGCCGUUCAUCCUCUCACUCUCCCACUUCUGCUUCAACUGGUUCUCCGUCAAAGGACCCCACAGGGGGACCCCGUGCACCCCCAAAACCUGGUAAACUCAACCUAGCCAACCUGCCCUUGGGUCUUCAGGCCAAAGUCAGCCAGGCCAAGCAAUCGGGUGGCGAGUUCCCUUCCCCUCCGGCUGAGUGUGCCUACUUCCCUCCUCCGCCACCCGCGUCAGAGCUCUUCCCGCCUCCGCCGGGGAGCGAUUCUCAUAGUAGCGGACCCCCGAGAGUAGCUGUGGUGAACCCCCAGCCCCAAGCUCCUCCUCCUCCCCCACCAAUCUCUUUAACCAACAACUCCACCUGGUCCAAGAGCUCCCUGAAAAAGACUCCUCCUCCAACGCUCGUACGCCGCAGCAACACAACACCGGAUCCCCCGCCGCUUUCGCCGCCGCCACCCACCUCCCCGAAGGGCAGCUCAGGACAGCCCAACUUCCUCGCCGAUCUGAACCGGACCCUCAAGCGAAAGUCUGUGGGUAGGCAAGGCAAAAUAGACUCUGCUGGGACUAUGGAUGACAUGGUGCUGCCGCCGCCACCCCCCGAGCUGCUCCUUGAACAGGAAACUCAGAGCAAUGGCGGAAACGAUGGCUACAUGUCCGGGAACAUCUCAGGCUAUGCAACGCUACGACGAGGACCCCCGCCUGCGCCCCCGAAACGGGGGGAUGCCACCAAGCUUACCGGGGAGUGUUGA